GAGACAAUACAGACCUUGGCCGGCACCAACCGUACAUGGCGCCUGAGAUCUUCCAAUGCUUGAUGGGACAAAGCCCUGCCGGAUAUUCCUUCAAGGUGGAUUGGUGGUCGUUGGGGGUGACCGCCUAUGAGCUCAUCUCCGGAGGUCGGCCGUUCGAUUAUCCACUCCAAGACGAGUCCCACGACCGUGCUCAAUAUCUUCCGCCGUCCCGUGAACUAUCCGGACAAGUGGUCGCCCAGUUUUCCAAGUUCCUGCAGAGCCUCUUGGAAGUCCGUCCGGCCAGCCGUGCAUCGUCCGUGGAGGACAUGAAGUGCCAGAAGCUCAUGGCCAACAUCAACUUCCUCACUUUGGUCUCGAAGAAGAUGCCUCCACCGUUUGUGCCUGAUGGCGAGAGUUUGAACUGCGAUCCCACUUACGAGCUCGAGGAGAUGAUCGUGGAGUCAAGGCCGUUGCAUAAGAAGAAGAAAAGGUUGCUUCGUCAACAGUCGUUGCUGACCCAGCAACAUCUCCAAGACGCCCAAAUCCACGCAGAUUCCAACUCGUUGAGCCAAAUCAAUGAAACGGUCGAGGCUGAAACCUCGGAAGAGGAUCCGUUUGUAGGUUUUCCAAAUUACAAUCGGGAAUGGGAGCGCUAUCAGGAGAAUCUUCGGGAGAAAGAACGCCUCUGGGAGGCCGAGCUUAAACGCUUAAUGGAUGCUUCAACCGACGAACAGCAAGCACUUGAGCUGAAUGAACAGACGAGCUCCAGUAUUCAAACAACACAACACAACAAACAACAACAACAACAACAACAGCUACCGCAACAACAACAGCAACAGCCAUGUGUCCUGCCAACGAGACGCCUCGAGAAUGACUGUCCGGCUGUCCCCAGAAAAAUGGUGAAAUUAAAGCCUUGAAAUUCUCGCAAGGGUAACAACAUCAAAAACAGCAACUGUGAGGAUAACCCAUAAACUCGAAAAAGGCGAGUUCAAGAAGAUGUGACAACCAGAAAAAUGACCGUAAUUUCCUUUAGAGACUUAGUGCCGCAAUACCAGUAUGUAAGCGUCUUUCAAAACUGUUCACUUAUUUUUCAAAUCCACUGAGAUGAGGUUUUGCAAAGUUCCUCUACCUCAUUCAUGGUCUGUUCGUCGUUGGUAACUAUGAAAUAGAUAAGGAAUGAGUCGGAACCAAUAGACCCAUAAUCAUAAAUUUUGAGAUCAUAUAAAUGGUGGUAAAAAAGCCGGAAGUCGGAAACAGUCAAGAGGCCAAACCUUUCAAGUGAAGGAGUGACUCUUGAAUGAGAAGAGAUCUUAACUACAUUUCCACUGCAUUAUGAUCUCUUUUCGAUCUAAGAUUCACUCCUUCGCUUUAAAAGAUUGGCCUUUGAUACCUGGCUGACAUCCCAUCGGGCUCGAUGACUUUUAUCUACUUUACUUUAGCCAACGUCUUUUUUAACUAUUUUGAGUCAUUUUUAUCGUUUCUAGUCCGACUUGAUUUAAGAUUUCUCCGAUUAGUUAAAAAGUCGAUAAAUAGCUGCCUGGAUUCUGGCGAGCAUUAAGGUGACCUCGGGAAAAAAGAUAGGAAAAGUAAGCUAAAAAAGUAUCUUAAAGAUAGAAAAAAUUGCCAAAACGGUAAGGAAGAAAAGUAGCAAAACCAGCAUGAAAAAGGUAAAAUACCGGUAAAUUUUAGAAGAAAAAAGGUUAAAAAUAGUUGUUAGCUUGUCAACAAGUUAGAGGAAAAUAUAUUUAUUUAUAUCAUUAUUUUUUGCCACAAAACAUCAAAAAACCAUUGUUUGUUAAUGAAGGUUGAAGGUUAACUUGCUUUGGAUUUAGUGUGCAGUGACCAUUUUUGAGGUUCUUCAAAAAUUGGUUGUAUUCAUAACUAUCUUACAAGUUUAUUUCCUCAUUUGUAAGUAAAAGAACCAUUUCAAUCCCGCCGAUUUUAAACACGUAAGGAUGAAAAAGGGGCUAAAAAGGGAUCCCCCCCAAAAAAACACACACACGACAAUUUAGAUAAUUUGACCACAAUUUGGCCAAAACAGGAAAAAGUAGGUUUGAGUUUUUUUAUCUUCUUUUCCUAGGUCUAGUAAUAGGUCAUACUAAAAUAUCUAAUAGUCUUGUAGGGCAAGAAAUGUUUAUCAUUGACCCUUUUAUUAAAUUUCUAUUUCAAUUCUUUCACGAAUCGAUAACAUAUUGUUUAUACUUAACCACUAUCUUCUUUGCUUAUGAUCAUCCUUAAGAUAAUAAAAGAACACAAGAAGAAAGUAGUGUGAAGGAUAUACG